AUGUCAUCCGAACAGCUCAAUGUCAUCGCCCUGGUCUCGGGCGGCAAGGACAGUUUCUUCUCCGCCCUGCAUUGCCAGAGGAACGGGCACCGACUCGUGGCACUCGCUAAUCUCUUCCCCUCCGCCUCCGUCAGCGCCGGCUCCGACGCCACGCGCUCGGCCCCAGCAACAGUCAUUUACAAGCCCACGAGGGAUCACGUCAAGGAUGUGCAGCUGUCAGAUCAGUCUACAGGAAAGGAAGAGAAGCCCGUGGAGGAGGAGGAGGCUGGUAAAGGGGCCGAUGAUGAAGCCGACCUGAAUAGUUUCAUGUACCAGACCGUCGGCCACCAGGUCAUACCCUUAUACGCGGACGCCACCGGCUUGCCGCUCUACCGCCAGCCCAUCUACGGCGGCGCCAAGUACGAGGGCAGAGACUACGACUCCCAUGCCGUGCCGUCGAGUGGUGCUGACGGUGACGGUGACGGUGACGCGGAUGAGACGGAAAGCAUGGUGCCCCUCCUCCGUACUGUCAUGGCGAACCACCCGGAGGCCAACGCUCUCUGUGCGGGAGCCAUCUUGUCCACGUACCAGCGGACGCGCGUGGAAUCCGUCGCGCUACGCCUGGGCCUCACGCCGCUGGCGUACUUGUGGAAGUAUCCCGUGCUGCCCCCGGUGGUUCCGGGCGCCGUCGAGGACGCCCAACUGCUCCACGACAUGGCGGCCGCCGGUCUCGACGCGAGGAUCAUCAAGGUCGCGAGCGCGGGGCUUGAUGACGAUUUCUUGUGGGAGAAGGUGAGCAGUAUCGCUGGCGCGUCGCGCGUAAAGCGUGCCCUCCGACGUUUUGGCGCCGCCGAGGGUGCCGUCAUUGGAGAGGGGGGCGAGUUCGAGACGCUCGUCUUGGACGGCCCGCCUGGGCUGUUCAAAAAGGCCAUCGAGGUGCCGGAGUCCGGCAGGCGGACCGUGAGGGAGGGCGGCGGGACGUCGUGGUUGAGCUUUCAGGGGGCGAGUGUCCGAGAAAAGCGAGCCCCAGACGCGGCCACGGGAGAAAGCUGCUCCCCGCCCCGGGUUCCCGAUGCCUUGGAUCCUCGGUUUCAGUCUAUCCUAGAGUCAUUGCCCGCGGCUCGGGAUGGUCAGGUGCCAAUACCGGACUCAUCAUCAUCCGUCGACGGCUUCACGCAAAGUGAUGGCAAAACACCGGUGCUACCGAGAACUCCUUCGGACGAUAUUCACUGGUCCUCCGCUGCUCAGGCGGUAUCGGGCCAGGACUCGUCUGUCGAGCAGCAGACCGAGGACAUAGUACAGCAGAUUCAGAAGCUUCUUGCUGGCCACACUCCGCCGCUGCCGACUACGGCCAUUACCAAUACCAUCAUCGUCUUGCAGUCCAUGUCGGAUUUCCCAGCCAUCAACAAGAUCUACAGUAAACUCUUCCAGCACCCUAAUCCUCCAUCCAGAGUAACGAUUUCUUGUGGCGAACUACAGACCGGAAGUGCCAUCAAUGUCCAUCUGACGAUAAAACCUGUGUUGGAGCCUCGUGAACGGAAUGGACUCCAUGUGCAGUCGAGAUCGUACUGGGCGCCAGCCAACAUCGGCCCCUACAGCCAGGCAAUCGAUGUACCCCUGAGAGGCGGCCGUCAAGAUACGACACACGCCGAUAUCAGAGCAGUGACGAUUGCGGGCCAAAUCCCGCUCGUCCCGGCGAGCAUGAUCUUACCCACGGAAAAGGAGGGCAACCUGGAGAUGCAAAUCACUCUUUCUCUGCAGCACCUCUGGCGCAUUGCCACCGAGAUGAAGGUGCAGCUCUGGACCAGCGCGGUGGCAUACUUCCCGCGUACGCCAGAGGAGGCAGACAUGAGACGGCAAGGUCAACUUGCCGCGGCCGCGUGGAAGGCCGUUCACAAGCACGAUGAGGACGAGGACGGAGAUGGCGAUGGGGCCGGCGGGCCCGACUUGUGGGAUCGCAAGUUUAACCCGGCGUACAUGUCUCUCGGCGAGGACGCGGCGGCGGCGCAAAAACUCCCGGAUUGGUCGGCUGUUGUGACGGCCGACGGAGGCGGGGACGACGGAGAGGCCGAGGGUCCCGUUCCGCCCUUCUUCUCCGUCGAGGUCGAGGAGCUGCCCCGCCAGGCCGGCGUCGAGUGGCAUGCUCACCUUGGCCUUGCAAAGGUGCCCUCGUCGUCUGUCGAGUACCGGUCCGCUGAUCUGGCACCUUCGGCUGAUGUUCCUUUCUACAGACGUGUUUGCCACGUUGUUGUGUCGGGGACGUUGGUGCAUUCUACCAUCGCGUGGCUUGCUGUUAGUGGUCCUGCUACACGUGCGUCGAAGUCCUUUGACGAGGUGGAGGCGUGGAUGAGGAGGGCGUACCGGGAGUCUGUUGGAGAUGCUGGUGAAGGAGGAGAUCAACCAUAUUUGAUGUAUCUCAAUGUGCCAAAGUGUGUGGUUGUUGCUGCGGCUCCGGCCGGGUCUUCUGGAGGAGAAAAGGGGCAGGCAACGGCGUAUGUUAAAGCCAGGUCGAUUUGGGGAGUUGAUGGAGAGAAAGUUCUCGCUCUUGGGUUUUGGAAGUAA